AUGUCAGUCCACACAUGGCUCAGCGACAAGCUGCACUCGGUUCUCGGCAUGAGUGACGGCUCCGUCACCGAGUACCUCGUACAACAAGCCCGAGCUGCCAGGGAUGUUGAGGCCGUCUGCCGGCAACUCACGCAAGGAGGCAUUGACGUUGAUGCUGACAUGCGGGGACUUGUGACGGAGCUUUUUGACCGGGUACACAAUGCGUUUGCUGAGCGACUGCGGCUCAAAGACGAAGCGAGCACCCGGCACCUGGCGGAGGCGACUCCGGCUCAGCAGAAGGCCUUCGAAGAAGCUGCCAAGCGGCUCAAACUGGAGAAGGAGGACCGGAGCAAAGUCCUGCCCACGCUAAGGAUCGACUCGAGAAGGAAAUAUCUUGUGAAGCGCAAGGACGACAAGCUCAAGGAACUUGCUGGCGACAUAGCCGACGAGGAGUACCUCUUUGAUGAAGAAACUCUCACGGAGAAGGAGAAGAAAAGACUCGAGUACAAGAAAACUGUUCUGAAGCUUGCCACUGAUUACGAUAAGGUGCGUGACGUGGAGACAGUGCAGCGUUACGCCAUGCCGAGUGAGGGGGGCGGGGGGGUGGACGCCCCCUACCAGGAGGACACGGAUGGCCGCCCCCACCAGGAGCA